CGCAUGCUCGGCCGGUGAUGUGGACAUGUUGCGCAACUUGGAGUCGACCCAUCGCUGUCGGAUCCUGGAACUGCCGGCGUCGCUUAGCGAGCUUUGACUCCUGUAACAUGAGAGGGGCAGAAACCCCUUUGUUGCCAUGAUGCAUCAACCCUCAUUCUUCCUCUAGCGACUUGUUGAGACAUCGAAGACUCAGACUUUGCAGUCUAUCGUAACAUACGACAACAUGUUUGCUAAAUUCUUCGUCUUGCUCUGCGUGGCCUCGAUGGCAAUCGUUGCCUUUGCCAAUGGCUCGUCCAUUCUACCUCAGCAACGGCGUGUCGUUGCUGAGAGGUUCAAGCAAGCAGAGGAGGCGUACAAGAUUGCAGAGCGUGCGGUCAAUGCCAAAUUCGAAACCGCCGAUGGCUCGCACGUCGAGCGUGGAUUUGACAUCAAGGAGGCUAUAAAGUCAGUCGGUGACAAGGUCAAGGCAGACUUGGGCUUCGACAAGCGCGCCGGCAAACCUAUCGCCAAGAAGGGCGGUAGAGUCUACAACCCUCACACGAGCGAGAUGUACAAGAUGGUGCAGGAGAAGUGGCUCAGCCAAGGCAAGGGCACGCCCGUCGUCGCUGUCAAGGCCAAGCACGCAUAAGUCGUGUGCUGUGUCAAGGGAGCUCGCAUGCAAGCUGUACUUUGGUUCUGCAUCGAGUGUUCCCGAGCUGUUUGUCGCUGAGCGUCGCCGGGUCGU